CACCACUGGGGCGGGGGCGUCCUCCAUGGGUAUGGCGGAGGCGCAGUACGUGAACGCCAAAACGUCGGUGUGGUGGGACAUAGAGAACUGCCAGGUCCCUAAAGUCUGCGAUGUCCACGCCAUCGCCCAGAACAUCAGUUCCGCCCUCGUGAAGAUGAAUUAUUGUGGGCCCGUCUCCAUCUCCGCCUACGGCGACACCAACGGCAUCCCUGCUUCUGUUCAGCACGCCCUCUCCAGCACCGGCAUCGCCCUCAACCACGUCCCUGCCGGUGUGAAAGAUGCAAGUGAUAAGAAGAUUCUAGUCGAUAUGUUGUUCUGGGCAGUGGAUAACUCUGCACCAGCAAACUACCUGCUUAUUUCUGGAGACAGGGAUUUCUCCAAUGCUCUACACCAGUUGCGCAUGAGAAGAUACAACAUUCUUCUGGCACAACCACAAAAAGCUUCCGCACCCCUCGUCGCUGCAGCAAAGAGUGUAUGGCUUUGGACGAGCCUCUCAGCUGGAGGGCCCCCACUUUCAAGCGGGGAAUCAUCUCAGCUUGCAAAUGGUAACAAUUCUUAUAACCCUGAAAUGUCACAGCAUUCAAUGCCUGAAACGUUCAAUAUAAACCCGCCUCCAGUUUAUUAUGAACAUCCUUUGGGAAAUCAAAAGCCUUCCACCAGCGGAAGGGUUGGUGAUACUAAAAACAAGGGGAAAAACAAUCGGAAAAGCCCAAAUCAACCCAACAUAUCAAGAGUCUCAAGUAUGCCAGUUGGGAACCAAGAUGACAAGAAUACUGAUUACUCUUACCAGUCAGAACAUACACAUGCAAAGCAGUUCAAGAAAGCUCCACACGAAUUCUUUGGUUCUGGUGACACUCCAGUCUCCAAUGGUAGGUCCCCUCCCAAUUUCUUCCAUGGAAAUUCUGAUCCUUCAGGCAGUGAUGGAAAUAGUUUCCUAGGUCAACCAAACCAGUAUCCUCCUCCUCAGAGGCUGAACAACUUCCACAUGCAACCGAAUUUUGGACCAGAUAGUAUGCUCCCUCCUAAUUCCCAUAGUUAUGGUUUACGACCUAUUCCUCCCAGACCUGGUGGCCCUAGAUUUACUUCAGCCCCACCUACAAAUGUGCCUGAUAUGAGUAAGCUAAAUAUCUCUGAGUACAACAAUUAUGCUCAAAAUCCACAAAGGUUCCCUCAUCGAAAUGGGGAAGAGUCUAGUAGACCAAGGUCUAGCGAUUCACUGAAUUCAGCUAGCUUAAAUGUGCCUUAUAAAGGCCAUAAUAUGCAGAGUGGCCAGGCGUUUCAUCAUGAUUCUAUGAACAACAGGUAUCCUCGUGGUUCCGAGUACCGGCCUCCUCAAUCCUCCCCUGCUGCUGGAAACAACAUACCUAGCAAUGGUACUUGGGGAGCUCAAGGCUGCACACCACCAUCUGAAUAUGUUCAAGGCCUUAUUGGUGUUAUUUUACUAGCUUUGAACACCCUGAAAGUUGAAAAAAUUAUGCCGACUGAAGCAAACAUUACCGAUUGCAUUCGUUAUGGUGAUCUGAAACACCGCAAUACCGAUGUAAGGAAGGCCUUGGAUUACGCAAUAGAGCAACAUAUGGUGGUCAAGCAGAGCCUGGGUGCACUUCAGUUGUAUGUUGGUAAGAAUGAGAAAUUAUGGAAGUGUGUGAACCCUAUAGGGGGUAAUCUUAAUCAGUACACUAAAGCAACAUGGGAACGAAUACAGAAUUUUCUGAGUUCCUCAUAUGGACGAUCGGCAAUAAUGGCCUCUCAAUGCAGAUAUGAAGCAGCUAUUAUUUUGAGGAAAGCAUGCUCUGAAGAGCUUGCUUUGGGCAAUGUACUUCAGAUCUUGAAUAUGAUAGUCAGCAUGAAGAAAUGGAUCAUUCAUCAUCAAUCUGGAUGGCAACCGAUUACUUUUACCCUUGAAGAGACUAACGCUGAAACAGCUGCCGAAACUGGUACUUGAUUUAGUCAACAACACUAUAAAUGCAGAGAGUGGCUUUAUAAUGGCUACAUCUGCAAAAUAUUAUCAGUUUAUCGGACUUGAUCAACUGGGUUUACUUUUGAAACAAAAUACUGUUACUAGAAAACUAAGGGGGAUGGAAACUUUUACAUGUGAUCCAA